AAGCUUUCAACAACCCCGUUUGGAAUGGACUUGACUCCACCGCCGGAUGCACCACCGCCCCAGCUUUUUGAGGAAUCCUCACAAUACCGACACUGGAAGUAUACUCCUGAAGAGCUUCGUGAGCUCCGUGAGAAGGUGAACGCAGAAGGAGCGGCGCGAGUCCGGAAGGCGUUUGCUGAGGAAUGGUCCGUAACGAAGGGCGCAGAGGUGGGGCCACCAGAGGUGGACUGCAUAACCUCGGAAGAGCAGCUAGCGUUGUGUCGAUUCUAUGAAGGAAAAUUAGUGCACUAUUGUAACUACUUGAAGUUUGAUAGAUCCGUGCAGGCCACCGCCCUAGCUUUCUACAAACGGUUUUAUCUCCUAAAUACCGUUAUGGAUUAUUGCCCAAAGUUAUACCUUAUGACAUGCAUUUUCUUGAGCAGCAAAGUCGAGAACUCACACAUGUCGCUUGACUUGUUUCUGGGAAAGAUACCAAAUCCACCGACAUCUGACAAGAUGGUCGAAUUGGAGUUUACCUUGUCGAGGGGUAUUCGCUUUGAGUAUAUGAUCCAUCACCCGUACUGGCCCCUACACGGUUUCUUUCUGGACAUCCAGAGUUAUCUGGCCUCUGCCCAUCCCCGUCCCGCACACGAGCAUCUCUUUCAGAAGCUGCAAAAAACCUACGAUCGCGCACAGCACUUCACCCAGUUAGCCACCUUGAGCGAUUUGAUCUUCACCCAUAUGCCGUCCCAAAUAGCGUUGGGGUGCUUACUAGCGGCAGCUCGGGAAACCGAUUUUGAAAAGGAGCUGGACAAAUACCUGGCCGCCCGUUUCCAUGCGGACCCAGAGCGCCUUGUGAAGUUGCGAAUGGCACUAGAAGAAGUGGCAGAUGAUGUUACAACGCAAGGCGACAAGGCUGUCAACAAAGAAGUGGCUGCGCAAAUCGCAAACAAACUACGCAAGUGUCAAAAUCCAGCAUUUGAUCCAGAGAGUGCAUUACAUAAACAUAAAGCCCAAGAAGAGACUCGAGAGCGGGAGGAGCGUCAUGCCAAGAAGGCAAAGCUUGAUCAUGAGCGACGGACGAGUUUGGAAGGAUUAUUUACAGCAUAGUCCUGUUAUGAUCACUAUUCAGGGGAGCAAGCGACACCAAUUUGUAUAAUAUAUUUAAUUGUCAUCGACCGUCAAGAA